AGGAGGAGUAGUGAGGGGGCUGGGCGGGCUGUGUGAAGGACGGAAGGAGUGCGAAGGGGAUUGUUGCGGGAGGUUCAGCCGGCAUUGAAUGAGGGAGAGGAGACGGAGAGAUUCUGAUAGAACAAGAUUUGUUUGGAAUCUCUCUCUGUGUUGUGUGGUGGUGGUGGUAGUGGUUGUUGUUGCGGGCAAGAGAGAAGGCGUUCUGAAUCUUUGUUCGUCAAAUCCGACACGGGCUGUGGUUCGUUCAUCCCGGCUGAUUCUUCUCGAGGUGAAGUAGAAGUCGCCGGUGUGCAGGUAUGACGCGUGACCUCGCCAUUCCCGAAGGCGAUCACACAGAGCCGGUUGCGGCGCAGGACUUCAACGACAAAUACGAACCAAAGGAGGUCCUCGGCAGUGGCGUGAGCAGCGUGGUGCGGAGAUGCGUGCACAAGCGCACGGGGCAGGACUUCGCCGUGAAGAUCAUAGACAUCACGCCCGAUCGCCUGAGCGAGGAGGAGCUGGAGGACAUUUACAGCUCCACCGUGAAGGAGGUGGACAUCCUCAAGGCGGUCUCGGGCCACCCCCACAUCAUUACCCUCAUAGAUGCCUACGAGUCCAGCACCUUCUUCUUCCUGGUGUUUGACCUGAUGAAGAGAGGAGAGCUGUUUGACUACCUUACAGAGAAAGUGGCGUUGAGUGAAAAGGACACCAGGAGCAUCAUGCGCUCCAUCUUCGAGGUGGUCCACUUCCUGCACGCCAAGAACAUCGUGCACCGUGACCUCAAGCCGGAGAACAUCCUCCUGGACGACAACAUGAAUAUCCGCCUCUCCGACUUUGGCUUCUCCAUGCAGCUGCGGCCCGGCGAGCGCUUGCGAGAGUUGUGCGGGACGCCCGGCUACCUCUCUCCCGAGCUGCUCAAAUGCUCCAUGGAUGAAUCUCACCCCGGCUACGGCAAGGAGGUCGAUCUAUGGGCGUGCGGCGUGAUCAUGUACACGCUGCUGGCCGGCUCCCCGCCCUUCUGGCAUCGCAAGCAGAUGACCAUGCUGCGUCUCAUCAUGGACGGCAAGUACGACUUCAGCACGCCCGAGUGGGAGGAUCGGUCUGACACCGUCAAGGACCUGAUCUCGCGCCUCCUCGUGGUGGAGCCAGAGAAGCGCUUCACGGCGGAGCAGGCCCUGGCGCACCCCUUCUUCCAGCAGUACGACGUGGAGGAGGUCCGUCACUUCAGCCCCUACCGCAAGUUCAAGACCAUCAUGCUGACGGUGCUGGCGUCGGUGCGCAUGUACUACCACUACCGGCGCGUGCGCCCCGUCACCACGGAGAUCGUGCUGCGCGACCCGUACGCGCUGCGGGCCGUGCGGCGUCUCAUCGACGGCGCCGCCUUCCGCAUCUACGGCCACUGGGUGAAGAAGGGCGAGCGGCAGAACCGCGCCGCGCUCUUCGAGAACACGCCCAAGGCCGUGCUCAUCCAGAUGGCGGCCGCCGAAUACGACGAGGAGGAAGAUGAGGAGGAGGAGUAGCGGUGGCUGCGGCUGCGGCUGCGGCUGCUACUGCCGCCACACCUCUGGUGGAGGAGGCCAUUUCCGUCAACAGUGAAAUUUUUUUUGCCUCGUCCGCUCGGAGAAUUGGCACGUCUAAAGAGGCUAUUAUGGCCUCCUGCCCGUGAUGGCCAGAAUAUCUCAAGAAGAGGUGGGAGUACUCGCACUGUGUCCCACCACACGCCAGGGUGUGCUAUGUCAUAUGGGGUCCCCGUAGGCUUUUUGUCAGUAAGUUGUGUAAAGGUGCAGCACUGCAAUUGCCUGCUCACACCGCUGCUGGGCAGAACGGCCUCCCCUCCGAGAAUAUCUCGAGAGCCCCUCUCGAGGUUAUUGUGGGCUAUUCUUCCUCACUGGCCGGACGGCUUGCAAGAGGUGGGAUGCCUCACUCUUUACCCACACCACACGGCACCUGCCGAUUGGCUAAACGCGGGUCCAUUGGCCAGACUAAAAUUUGGUAUCACCUAAGUUAAGGGCAUCUUUAGUUGUGCCGAUUCAUUUAUACGGCGAAUGAGUGUGAUUUUUUUCAUAACCAACUCAUUUAAAAUGGUUAUUAUUGCCCAAAGUAGUCAAUUGGAAAUCACUGAAGUUAUGCCGAAUUUGGUGGCACCAACAGGUGAAAUAUCUGGUCAGGGCUCAUGGCCUAAAGAGGACAAUUGCAGUGGAAGAAGAUACUGAGUUUGUUAUAAUUACAAACGAAGUGUUGCCAGGUCGAAAAUAUUCCCCUCUAGCACCCGAUUAGUGCAGCUAAAAUGCUUGCAGUAACGAAUACAUUUCGUUUGCAGGAUGCUUUAAAGUGGUAGGCCUCGCUAUCUACCAUCCCUGCGGUAGAGAGACAGAGUGACAACAGAAGUACUUAGAUGUGUAUGGAACUUUUUAUUGAAAAGUUUUCACUUGAGUGUGUUUUCCUAGGUCAUAAGAGUAAGGGGGGACAUUUUACAGCCGUUUGUCCAUCCACUGCUGGAUAAAUACUUACCCUUGCUGCGUCAGUCAUGAGGUUUUUUUAAAAUCUUAUUUUCCCACGCUGGUCAAUGCUAAUUGGUGAAGGCGGGGGGCGGGAGCAGGAGCCAGGACUGAUUCGGAUAUCACUCGCCACUUAUAUUAGCCAUGGCCAGGAAUCGAACUCGGAUUUGCGGGGAUUCAGAACGCAGUGCGCGCGACCCCCCUCUUUGCGACUGCUCCCCACCUCCCCCCCCCCCUCUUUGCAGUGUAUUGAUUGUGAAAUAUGCAGUUCAAGGGCAUUCUUUGGGUUGAACAUCCAAACUCCGGUAUGGAUUUUUACACUCGCAAAAUAAAUCCUGACUCGUUAAGCGGGAAACUUCUCUUGCAAUGAAACGUCAGGGUUAGUGUUCAGUAUUCGCAGGAGUUGCUGCCUGGUCGUUGAAAUGGUGGUAAUUAUCGAGAGUGCGGUGUGGAUGGAAGGGUGAUGCCGUCCAACGACAACGUGGAAUGGAUAUUUAAAAGGACCUUCAACUUCCUGCAGAGCUUUUAUUUCAUUGAGUGGUUUUACCUGGACAAUCCUGAGAGAUGGAACACACAUCGUUUGCAAGGGUGUCCAGGGUAUCGAGUGACACAAACAGAGCGCAAGUUUUUUCUUGACAUGUUAUACAUAUGUAUGUAUAUGCUCGUACAUACAGCAGCCAUGUUUAUUUAUUUUUAUGUAACGGCAAGAAUAUUGAACAAGACUGCUUUGAAACUGAUUGCUAUUAUUUUUUGUUAACGUACGAUGUGGUGUUGAGCAACACAGCUAGCAUAUUAAUUCAUGCCACUACGUGGCUUUAGACUCUUAUAUUUCCGACGUGUUUUCGGGUUGUACCGCGUUUCGUUUGACAUUUCGCUUAGCGUCCUGGGAGCUUCUUAAUGCCGCGAGAGUUGACGAUGGUUUUGGUUCUUCAUCCAGCAGUGCAUAGAUCAUGGAUGACGGUGAUGAGUUCAGAAGAGGGGGGCCAUGACUGAAGAGUUCAGUUGCUGAAGAAGCUCCCGGCACGUGAUGCGAAACUUCGGAGAUCAUGCCGAACAACGUGCGGUACAGGACAACCCGAAAACACAUCGGAGGGCCCUACUUUGAGAGUUGUUUUAAGUUGCUUACUGUACUCAAGCAUUCAUGAGCACGUAUUUAAAGAUGUUGGCGUUGAGCACUUGGCUUGACCUCUUCGUUUGGUUGAGUAACAGACCGUUGUUAUUUUAGUUAUGUUAAGUUGUCGAACAUAACCACUAUUUAAAACGUUGUAGCGUCGAUACAUUUAUUUUCUGUAGUGCAUUACAGUAGUUAUUUAUUUCGUCAUUUUAAGGUCAAUGUUUUGCAAGAUAAAUUAUGUUUUUUUUGGCAAAUGCUGGUAUGCGCUGACCUCUGUGCACGAGUUAUUGUAUGAAUGCAUUUUUGAUGAAUACCUUCAAAAAAAUAAAGGAUGCAAACAUUUUAA